ACAAACAGAACUGAUUGGUAAGAGGAAUGGAGCUCUCAAGCUCACUGCUGCUGGUUUUGGUCUUCACCGUGUUAAUGCUGAUCAGAUGGAAGAGGAAGGAGAGCGGACUUUCUUUGCCCCCGGGGCCACUGGCACUGCCACUGAUUGGAAACUUACUAACACUGGACAAACGUGCACCAUUUAAGACCUUUAUGAAGUGGAGCAAAACCUAUGGGUCUGUGAUGACGGUGCGCCUCGGGCCUCAGAGAAUGGUGGUUCUGGUGGGCUAUGAAACAGUGAAAGAGGCUCUGGUGGACCAGGCUGAAGACUUUGCACCCAGAGCCCCCAUUCCCUUUAUAAACAAAGUUGUGAAGGGCUACGGUCUGGUCAUCAGCAAUGGAGAACGCUGGCGUCAACUGAGGCGGUUCACUCUCACCACACUGAGGGAUUUUGGAAUGGGACGCAAACGAAUGGAGCAGUGGAUCCAAGAAGAGAGCAGAUACUUGGUCAAGUGUUUUGAAGAAACCAAAUCCAAACCAGUUGCUCCAACAUUCUUCUUUAGUCGGACUGUGUCCAACGUCAUCUGCUGUCUGGUGUUUGGGCAGCGCUUUGAAUAUGAAGACAAAAACUUCCUGCAAUUGCUUCAGAUCAUUUCCAAACUUGUGCGAUUUUUAAGCAGCCCUUGGGGACAGCUGUACAACAUCUUCCCUCGAGUAAUGGAACAAUUCUCUAGUAAACAUCACGCCAUCUUGAAAGACAUAGAAAACAUCCGGACCUUCAUUAGGAACAAAGUUAACGAACAUGAACGGAGAUUAGACUUCAGUGACCCAAGCGAUUUUAUUGACUGCUUCCUUAUCAGACUCACUCAGGAAAAAGACAACCUUGACACAGAAUUUCACAAAGAUAACUUGAUGGCGACAGUUCUUAAUCUGUUCCUAGCUGGUACAGAGACCACCAGCACAACUUUGAGAUAUGCCCUGAUGCUAUUGAUCAAAUACCCCCAAAUACAGGAACAAAUGCAGAAAGAGAUAGAUCGGGUUAUUGGACAGAACAGAAUUCCUACAAUGGAGGACAGAAAGUCUCUUCCCUUCACUGAUGCUGUGAUUCAUGAAGUACAGCGUUAUAUGGACAUUGUCCCCCUAAAUCUUCCCCACUAUGCCAUGAAAGACAUUACUUUCAGAGGCUAUAAAAUCCCCAAGGACACAGUAAUUAUUCCCAUGCUGCACUCUGUCCUAAGGGAUGAGGGGCAGUGGGAAACCCCUUGGACGUUUAACCCGGAACAUUUUCUGGACUCAAAUGGCAACUUUAAGAAGAAUCCAGCCUUUAUGGCCUUUUCUGCAGGUAAACGCUCAUGUGUGGGUGAAUCUCUGGCCCGUAUGGAGCUCUUUCUGUUCAUCGUGUCUCUACUUCAGAAGUUCAGCUUCAGUAGUCCUAAUGGUCCAGAUGGUAUAGACCCCAGUCCUGAACUCAGCAGCUUCGCCAACAUGCCUCGAUUCUACGAUCUUAUUGCAUCCCCUCGCUGAGCUAUGUGGAGAUUACAAUUUAUUUUAAAAGACUAUUGAGAUAAAGCUGUGAGAGAAUAUUCACUAUCAGAGUAAUCCUCUUGUCAUUAUGUCUACGCUUGUUUUAUCAUUUUCUCAUCACUUGUAUACCACUGCUGUUUAUGCCAAUCAAAGCUUAGACACUAAACACUGUAGGUCUGCUUUGAUCUUAGAAGUUAUUCCAGAGUUCUAAAGGAAUUUAUUUGAAUACUGCUGUAGGCAACACAACUGUACUGGUAUUUAUGAUGACUGCACUAGACAUCAUCAAAGAAGCAAAUACCAUCUUAACUCUUCUGGAGCCAGUAUGUUCCCUAUAUAUAUAUGAGCCUCAAGUGUCAUGAUCAGCACUGCUAUUGUAUGGUUACACCAGCAUUGCAUGGCAGGUUCUGUACAGGACAAGUCAAAUGGGCUCAAAAUAUGGGUAAAGUUAGGCAACUAGGGGCUGCUCUUAACUCAUCCAAGAAGAACCCCACAUUAAACACACCAUCAAGACUUUGUCUGAUAUGUAGUUUACAUAACCAUAUUCCAUUAUUUUUCUGUAUGUUUAAAAUCAUCAGAUUAUACAAUAUAUUUCACAUGUCAUGUACUUACUUUUAUUGAAGUAUGUGCUUAAUUAAAAAGACUUUCAUCUGA